AUGGCGAACAACACCAAACUCAAUGUAGAAGGGAUUCUAUUGUUUGAACAGCCCUUCGUCCGAGUUCCGUACGAGAACUACCGCAAAGUCUUUCGAAUAUCACAGAAGAACAUUGAAAGGGAUCUAGGGAAUGUACAGAACUCUGCCAAGGAGCUGGUUUCCAAUGCGCAGAAGGGAGAAGUGGACGCGGAAGCCUACGUGACUGCGAUUGACAACAUGAUUAGCAAAGUAGAGAACCUGAAGCAGAAGCUGAACAAUCUGCAAGAUACGGCAGGGAAGCCAACCCUUGAUGUCAUGCGCGAGAGGUUGAACCAUCUAGCCACCGUGGACUCGAGCGAACCGCCAACGUCUGUGGAGUUUUCGCGGUGGGCAGAUACACGUCUGGAUAGGUGGAUUGUGGAUUGGUGCUUGAGGACAGGGAAGGAACGAACUGCGAAACAAAUAGCAAAAGAGAAAGGGAUUGAGACGCUUGUGGACGUUGAAUUGUUCAGCGACAUCCGGAGGAUAGAAGCCGCGCUAUCACGACAUAGCUGCACAGAGGCUCUGGCAUGGUGUAGCGAGAACAAGGCGGCGUUGAGGAAGAUCAAGAGCACUCUCGAGUUUGAACUACGUCUUCAAGAAUACAUUGAGCUAUGUCGUGCUCGAAAUAAGACAGAAGCAAUCGCGUAUAUCAGAAAGUACCUCUCGUCAUGGCAUGAGACCCAUAUGUCCCAGCUCAACCAAGCUUCUGGACUACUAGCCUUCCCUCCUGACACCAAAUGUGCACCGUACAGGCGUCUCUACGAUCAUUCUCGAUGGAACUCCCUAGUCCGGUCAUUCAGAGUCGCAAUUUACAGCCUCAAUACCAUUCCGACAGAACCUCUCCUCCACCUUGCUCUCUACGCGGGCCUUGUUGCUCUCAAACUUCCAGCUUGCUACGACCAUUCAACAAAGAACGUAGACUGUCCUGUGUGCGACGGGGAAUCCGGAAGCAGCACCGCACCCCUUGGACUAGGGAAGCUUGCAGAGGAAGUUCCCUUCAGUCAUCAUUCCAAUUCGACUAUUGUCUGUCGGAUUAGCGGAAAAAUCAUGGACGAGAACAAUCCUCCCAUGGCGUUCCCUAAUGGCCGCGUUUACUCACUCGAGGCAUUGACGGAUAUGGCGGAGAAGAACGAUGGCGUAGUUAUUUGCCCUCGUACGGGCGAUCGAGCGUUGUUUCGAGAACUGAAAAAAGUUUUCAUCUAA